UGCUCCUUCUGAUUUUAUUAAGCUUUCACUUUUUUCAUAUUUGAGUUUUAUUUGAUAUUUUCAGCAUCGGGAGUGAUGAAAAGCUUUCUUCUACUUUUUCAGUGUUUGAAGAUUCACAAACCUUGCUUCGAAAUGAGAGAAAGUGGAGUAAAAUGCUUCACUUUCCAAACUCUAAAACCCUAAAACCUAGUUGAGUCUCGGGGGUUGAAUCAAUCCUCCUUGCACAGCCUAGCUCCGAAAUUUUAAUGGAUUGAGCUGCUAUAUCCGCAGAAAUUCAUGGGGGAUUCGCUGCAGAAACGCAAGAAGGUUCUUGAGGAUGCCGAAGAUAGGAUCAGCAACCUUCCAGACUCCCUUCUCUGUUACAUUCUCUCUUUUAUGCCCACAAAAGAUGCAGGUAGAACAAGCGUCUUAUCCAGCCGCUGGAAGUACCUAUUCAUCUUCAGCUCUAAUCUCGAGUUCUGCGAUUCUUGCCGCAACAUAGAGUCCUGUCCCAGUUUCGUGAAUUUCGUGUAUAGAGUGUUGGCUCUGCGUGGUUCAUUGCAUGUGAAUCGAUUUCGUCUUCUAUGUGAUGUGAGCGAAGAUGAUCCACAUGUUAAUACCUGGAUAUCUGCUGCUGUAUGCCGUAAUGCUCAAGAACUCGAGAUUGACCUAUGUAUAUCUUAUUAUAAUCUGUUGACAACAGACACAAACUUAGGUUUGCUGCCUUACGACCUCUUUACUAGUAGAACGCUAGUCGUUCUAAAAGUGGGUGUGGAUUGUGAUCUCAAUGUUCCUAGUAACGUUUCUUUACCACGGCUGAAGACCCUUCAUCUUGAAUCUGCGUUUGUUGUGUACGACUCCUUUAAGAGGAUCUUAUCCGGCUGUCCUGUGCUGGAGGAUUUGCUUAUAUAUGAUGGCUGUAGGUUUAAGCAUAAGGUAGAAGUUUUUGAGAUUUCAAUUCCUACACUUAGAAGGCUUACAUUGGUGUUGCGAAAAUUGUACUCUGCUGAAUUUUAUGACUGUGAGGUAGCAAUUGACGCUCCACAUCUUCAAUACUUACGUUAUGUGGAUACGGUGGUCAAAGGCUAUACUUUGAAGGAGCUAACCUCUCUAGCUGAAGCUGAUAUAUGCAUUGCACUGGGUGAUGAUCAAGAGAGUGGCCCAAAUAGGUUAUCUUAUGGUCUACCCGUUGGCAAAUUUUUUGAAGCAAUCUCUAAGGUGGUGUUUCUUGGUUUAACCAUAUGUUCUGUGUCGGUUCCUGAAGUUACUCGAUGCCCUCUGCCUACAUUUCCAAACUUGACCCGUUUGAAGCUUGCGUACAACCAUGAUAUCGGAUUGAGAUUGCUGCCAGAAUUACUUUGCUGUUCACCUAAUCUUGAAGUGCUAGUCAUUGAACAUGAUUAUGAAGAUGGUGAUGGGAGUUUGAUGAACUUACCAAUUCGUCCGGCUAGUUGUGUAUCAUCACAUCUUAAGGAAGUUGAACUUAAGCAUUUCACUGGGAAGAAAGUUGAAUUGGAGCUGAUAGAGUAUUUAUUAGGGGGUGGAGAGGUUUUGGAGAAGAUGACGAUUAGAUUUUCUUCUCUAGAGUGCCCUCAGAGCAAAAAAUUAUUGGCAUUUCCAAGAUGCUCAAGGACCUGUCGUGUCUUCCUCACUUGAAAAACUAAAAGACGAGACAGAAGAUCUAAAACAUUUGUGUUGUAUGAUCUAAGCUGUGUGUAAAAGAAAGUGCAUAAUUAGUGCAAUGAAGCAAAUGUGAAGACACUGCUACAAUUUUGCAAAACCAUUGGUAUUGGGAUGUAUCAUUUCAUUUUUCUUUUUCUCCCUGGUUUCAAUGUAUCUUGUUCCUGUAGGCAUCCCAGUUUGACUUUUGAUUC